AUGGUACUGGCCAACGCCCUCAGGGGGAUAAAAAACAAACACAACGCAUUUCACCGUCUGGGCUUCAUAUCACCCCCGUGGGGAAAGGGCAGUUUGGGCUACCCUCGUGGUGGAGGUAACAAAAAAGUUGGAAGCAUACUCGAAACGGUGGGUGCCCCCCAGAGGCGCUUCCUUUUCCGAUUAAACAUUCAGAAGAGAGAAGGUGAUCCAUUGGGGAAGUCAUACCGUGUGAGUGCACUCCAAGGAGGUGAGAACAUCCCACCGGUGGUGUCUGUCCAAAAGGAAUCGUCACACGAAAUGAGUGGUAUCAAAGCGGAGACGAAGUUGAAGAAGGAGGAGGAGGUAUCUGUCUCGAAGAAAAAAAUUGAAAAGAAGGAAAAGAAAAAAGGUACACAAAUAAAAAAGGAAAAAAACCCUGUUAAAGUUAAAGAGAAAAUUGCGUCCAUUUAUCCCCCCAUCCCGAAAAGCAUAGACGAAAGGUGGAACGACUUUAAUAUAAUACAAAAGUAUGCAAAAAUUACAAACGUCUAUCUGGGGGCACAUAUAUCAGCGGCGGGAGGAGUGCAGAACUCUCCAACGAACUGCUUCAACGUGGCCGGACAGGCUUUUGCAUUAUUUUUAAAAAACCAGAGGAAGUGGGACAGUCCUCCUUUACCUGCAGAAAAUAUAAAACAGUUCGUGCAGAAUUGUAAAGCAUACAACUUGGACACCAAGUUUAUUCUACCGCAUGGGUCGUACUUAAUUAAUCUAGCCAAUCCGGAUAAGGAGAAAAGGGAAAAAUCGUAUCUCUCCUUUUUGGAUGACGUAAAAAGGUGUGAACAGCUAAACGUCCCACUUUAUAAUUUUCACCCAGGAUCAACAACAGGGUUAUGUUCCCUCGAGGAAGGAAUUAAAAACGUCGCCGAUUGUAUUAACCGGGUGCAUAAGGAAACUUCCAACGUGGUGAUAGUUCUUGAAAAUUCAGCUGGACAGAAAAAUUCAGUGGGGUCAAAAUUUGAAGACUUAAAAAAAAUUAUUUCUCAAAUUGAGGACAAGUCCAGAAUUGGAGUCUGUCUCGAUACAUGUCAUACAUUCGCAGCUGGAUAUGACAUACGAUCUUACAACGAUUUCGAUCUAGUGAUGAAAAAGUUCGACGAAAUUGUAGACGCCAGUUAUUUGAAAGCUGUUCACCUUAAUGACUCCAAGUCUGAUCUUGGUAGUGGCCUCGACAGACAUGAGAAUAUCGGAAAGGGAAAACUUACUCUGGACACCUUCAAAUAUGUAAUGACAUCUAAGUACUUUAAAAAUAUUCCCAUCAUUUUGGAGACCCCGGAUAUUACCGAAGAUGAGUCUGUGUAUAAGUACGAGAUAAGGUACCUCUACGAGAUGGUUGUAAAAUCGGAGGGGGAAAACUAG